UAAUUGCACUGAAUUUACAUGAGUAAAAGCAGUUGUGAUCACUUUUUUUAUACCGUUUACUACUCAACGUCCACUAAAUGUCGCUGUUUCUCAGGUUCCAGUUUGACGGCACUUGAGCAGGACUGUGGUCUUUCCUUUCUCCUCGGCGCCAUUUUCAAGCAGUGUUACCGCCACCGGAAGACCAUUCACCGCGGGGAGGGGAGGAAAUCUGCAGCACACACUGAUGAUUAGCUAACCGAAAAAAACAUUUUACACAAUGAAAACGCCGAGAAGUGUUAUCCAAACAACGAACAGCAAGUGAGGUGGACUGUUGUGCUGUCUGCUUAUUGUGCUUAAUGCUUUAUUUUUGUGUGGUGGAGAAGCUGCGUAUGUCAGAGCUGCAGAAUGAAGACUAGAGCACUGAUAACAAAUUGACAGCGCACUUAAACAACUACAAACAUCGGUAGCGGAGCGCGUAUUUGUGUUGAAUGACCAUGACGACCAACGCAGAGCGGAAGUUCAUCAAUCUGCGGAAGCGCUUGGAUCAGCUGGGCUACAGGCAGCCGCUGGCCAUCGAGAGUCUGCCACUGGUGGAGAAACUCUUCAGUGACCUGAUCCACACCACAGAGAGUCUCAGGAAUGCCAAGCUUGCUGCAGGUAAGACAGAAAAGGAGAGCCGCAAUGUGGAUGCUAUUCUGGAGCCAUAUAAAACAGAAAAUGCCCGGCUAGUCAAAGAAAACAACGAGAUGCACCUUGGGCUUUUGAAACUGAGAGAAGAGAAGGAUCGGAUCAGCAGGGAGUUAAAGGCGUACAUCAGGAAACUGGACCAUGAAACAUCCGAUCUGAAAUUCCUUAAUAAUCAGUAUGUGCAGAAAGUUCGGUCCCUUGAGAAGGACAGCAAUGGCAAGACAGAGCGCAUCCUACAGCUGCAGGAGAAGAACAUGCAAGCUGUUGUGCAGACACCAGGAGGAAAGAAGCGAUCGAUCCCAUUUAGACGGCAAAGGAUGCAGACAGAUGAACUCCUCCCAUCCUCUGGUGGCUAUGUCCCUCCAGCUGUUGCUCAGCCAGAUGAUCCCUAUAUCGCUGACCUUCUUCAGGUGGCUGAUGACAGGAUACAGGAGCUUCAAAAAGAAGUGGCACAGCUCAAGCUCGACCUUGAGAGAGCACAGGGAGGAAUCAAACAUCUCAACAAACAGGUGGAAGAGCGAGAUAAAGAAAUUGAACGUCUGAAUCGAGCUCUGGAUGGUGGCCGGCCUCAUGAUGUCAUCUCCUUGGAGGCUCAAAACAUCAGCAAUGAAAAGCUUAUUGCUCACUUGAACCUGCAGAUAGAGUAUCUGCAGGAGACCAACAGAUCCCUGGAGCAGAGAGUCGACAGCCUGCAGCAAAAGAAGAAGACCGUGUCCAGUGAGGUGGCUGACCUGAGCGCUAGAAAUCAGGAGUUGUGUCAGGAGCUUACUCAGAUAGACCAGCUCGCCCAGCAGCUGGAGAAAGACAAGGAGAUGGUGCUGGAGACUGCUGACAUGGAGCUGCAAGAAGCCAAGAAAGCAAUUCAGCGUCAGCAGCGGGAGCUUGAGGGCCAGGAGGAGGUCAUCUCUACAUUAAGACGAGAUAUGGCAGAUGGAGAUCAUGUAAAAGAUCAACUGAGGAAUCAGCUACUUGAUCUUCAAGAUCAAAACAACAAGAUGGAGGGACUGAUUCACUUUCUGGAAGAAGAUAAAAAAAGACUUCAAGACAAAAUAGAAGCAAUGAUGCAGGAAGACAAGGAGAUGGUUUUAGAAUUGGAGAGAAUGCGGGCGAGGCAUGGCAUGUGUGGCAAGGAUCACUCUCCAUCGCGUCUGGAUGCCUUUGUUAAGAGUUUAGAGGAGGAAAGGAAUUAUUACAGAGAAGAGGUGGAGCGAUACCGUCUGGUUAGGGGCAGGACAGACAGAAGCCCCACUCCUGUAGGCCGAGGGAGGAGCCCCAGAGGAAGAGGCAGCUGGCAUGGAAAGAGAGAUGGAGAUGCAGAGCUCUCGCGAGUAGUGAAAGAGAGGGAUGAGCUGCAGUCAGUGCUGCUGGGCUUUGAAAAGCACAUGGAGGACAUCCAGACCAGAGUUAAACUACUGACUGCAGAGAGAGACCAGCUCAGCUCUCAGUGCCAGCAGGCUCAGGAGGAGCUGAGACGUGUCCAAAGAGAGCUUGAGUCUUCUGAACUCCAACGCAGGAUCAGAGACGACAGGGAACAGACUGAAGCUGAACUCCAGAGAGUUACUGCUGAGAGAGAUGCACUCAGAGACAGACUCAAGGUUGCUCACAGCACUGCUCUGACAGACCGAGAACAGGAGGAGUUCAGGUUUCUUGACCUGGAGAACACCAUAGAGAAGUUGGAGAGAGAGAAGGCUGAUCUGCGGGCUCAGGUCACUGUGCUGAAGGAAAGUCGUGUGGUUGUAGAGAAGGAGCUGAAGGCUCAGUCAGCAGUGCUGCUCCAGAAUGUAGAGGAAGCCACACAGCAGAGAGUUGAGAGCAGCGCACUCAGGCUUCUGCAGGAGCAGAUGGAGCAGUCUCUUUCAGAUGUUCAGCACAGAUUAUCUGUGAAGACUAAUGAACUGCAGGCAGCUCACCAACAGAUUGACAAACUAGAAGAGAAAAUUGCUGAUCUUAGUAGACACGGUUCAUCUCAGAAGGAUGAGGUUGUGAUUCUGCAAAACACCAUAGCAUCUCUAGACAGGGAGAAAGACACUCUGCAGGACGCUGUAGACCAGAAGACGGAAAGUGUUGUGCUGCUGCAGCAGGAGGUCCACCGGAAGGAAGAGACUCUGUUGGAAGUCCGACUAACAGUCACAGACCUGGAGAACUCUCUGAAUCAGCUUCAGGCAGUGUUGAGCAGUCGAGAGAGAGAAAUCGCUAGUCUGCGCAGGCAGCUAGACCAAUCACAAGAGGAACUCUUUUCUGUCAGUCGAGACCGAGAAGUCGCACUCCGAGAGAACCGCAGGUUACAGGACGAUCUGGCCACCAUGACCAGAGAAAACCAGGCAGUGCAUGCAGAGAUGCAGGAAGCUCUGAACGAGAGGGAUGAACUAAAGCUCAGAGUUCACUCCUACAUCUCAGAGGUGGCACGGAUAGAAAGCCUAAUGGCUGCCAAGGAACAGGAGAACAGGGAUAUGCUGGAGCGUUUCCGAUCCAUCCACACUGAGUCAGAGGAUAAAGAGCUGAAGCUGCAGCAGUCAGAAGGGCUAAACAACUCUAUCAGACUGGAGCUGCUCUCAUCCGACACGGAGCGCAGGCACCUCCGAGAGAGAGUCUCACUGCAGGACAGAGAGAUACAGGAGCACUUGAACGCUCUGCAAGCAUACGAAGCUCAGGUGUCGUCUUUGGCACGCGCAAUGUCUCGGUUAGAAGAGGAAGUCCAGGCUGCUCGAGCUGAAAAAGCCUCAGUGUUGGCAGAUCUGGCCUCUGUCAGAGAACUGUGUGUUAAACUGGACUCCAGCAAAGAGCUCACGGUUCGCCAGCUGACAUCCAAGAGCAUGGAGCUAGAGAGAGUGACGGGUGAACUGGAGGAUGUGCGCUCUGAAAUGGAGCUCCUGAAGAAACAGCUGGGGAGUGAGCGGCUUACGGUGCGCAAUCUGGAGACGCUGCUGUCCACCAAUCGACAGAAGGAGUUUCAGACGCACAUCAGUGCCAGCGAGAAAGAGUCUGAACUCAAAGUGCUGAAGGACCGCCUCGCCCUCGCUGACAGCAAAACGGCUGGUCAUGCUAGAGAGGUUUCCCAGCUGCGGGGUAAAGUAUCUCAGCUUCAGACAGAAAUGGAUGUCCUCAAGAGACAGUUAACUACUGAACGCUUUGAAAGGGAGAGAGCUGUGCAGGAAAUGCGCAGACAGGGUUUAUCCUUCUCUUCACUGCGAAGCUCUUCUCCUCUCAGCACGUCUCUCAGUCCUCGGCCUGCUUCUCCUGAACGCUCCAUUCUGCGCACACCAGAGCGAAGCACAGACAAGACACAAGACAAGUGAGCACUGCCUGAAAAACUGCAUGAUUUUCAUAACCAAAGUUUACAAAGAACUCUAAUUCAGCUUUCAUUUUCCAGAAGUGUGAGCUUUAAAGAGUAGCUUUGAAGGAUACGGUUGAGCUCAGCAAGGAUUCGUGUGAAGGAAUUUGUUUGAAGUAAGUCUGUGUUGGGCCAGAAUUGACUCUGAAAUCUGAUUUCCUGUGGCUACUGAAAGGGAAAUACUUGUUUAUUAUUUUAAGGUUGAAUGUAAAAUUAUGCAGCCAAAGCCAAUACUGUGUCGUGCCGUUUGUUAAAUUAUACACAUUUAUAAGAACUUGAAUAGGAUACAUUGUAUUGGCAUUAUUGUUCUUCACAAUUCUGGACUUGUGAAAGGUAAACGAGGCAGCUUUACUUCGUGUCAUCUUCUAUUCUUUCGUUUCAGACCUCUUAUAAUAAGUGAGUAAUCAAAGCUGCUGUGAAAUGGCCAUGUUACUUAUGGCUGUGUUUGUCACACUACAAAACCAACCUGUGUUUAAUAGGUUUACAUAAAUAUAAUAGAUUUUAUAUUGACUAAUUAACUUAUGAAUAAACAUGCAUUGUUUUUAAUAUAUCUCUCUUUGUGUGUUCACCCAUGGUUCUUUGUAAUGUUUAAUCUCUUUUUUCUACCUUUAGAUAUCAGAGAAAUCCCGUUCAGUCUGAUACUGUACUAUUUUAAAGAAAAACUCAUUUCAAUUGUAUAUAUAAAUUGUUAUCUGUGGGGUCUUAAAAAGUCUUAAGUCUUAAAUCUACUGAAAUGUUGUGUUGUAUGUCUUAAAUCUUUUUUGAACAGGUGUUGAUUUUCCUUUGUUCAUGUAUAGCUACAAAAUUUGGCCAUUAACACGGAUAAAAUCACCAACAAUACCAAUCUCAAUAAAACUUUUUAUUUAAAAA